UGAUUCUUGUCUUUCCAGCUUUUUUUGGGCGCGGGGGAGGCUGAAGCAAUUUUCACAUCCAAAAUGUCACGUGACUUUUUUUUUCCUCCUGUACGUAUCUUGAUUUCUUUUCACAUCCGUCCAUCCAUUUUCUUCGCCGCUGAGCCUGACGAGGGAUGAGGCAGCAGGAGGGCCACGCCCUGAACCGGUCGCCGGCCAAUCGCAGGGCACACGGAGACAAAGCAGUCCCACCGACGGGGGCAAUUUCCAGUGCGUGUUUUUGGGAUGCGGGAGGAAAGCCACGCAGGCACGGGGAGAACACGCAUCCAGACUCCUCACAGGAGGCCGACACUUCCCAGCCGCCGUUAUUUCACAUCCAAAACAAUAACAAUUUUGUGUCGCUGUCCAAAUGUGGCUUCCGACGGCGCCGGCUCAGUUCGUGGCCUUUGCCGAGUCGGAACGCUCCAUUCCUGCUUUUUGCUCCGGUGCCUCGGCGGACAUUGAACCCGAACGCACCUCGCGUCGCCUAGCGACGCUGGACGCAAACGGCAACGCGCGCGCCCUUUGUAGCGCUUGUGUUGCCUAGCGACGACGGACCCCAACGCGGCACGCAGAAGCACCGGUCGAGUUUUUGAGCAUGUCGCGGGACGACGACGACGUGACCUUCGCGGAUCUCCUGGAUUUGAGUUUCGGGACCCCCCGCUUGGGCGUGGUGGACUUGGGUUCCUUGCGCCGGCUCCUGCUGGCGAUCGUCACCCGCCUGGGAAUCGAGCAGGCUCGCGGUUCUGAACUCCUGGAUCGCAUUCGGACCUGCGAGGACGGACUGGCGCAGGCCCUGACGCUCCUGCAGGACGUCCGGGAUCAGACGUCCGCCGCGAAGCUGCGGAGCGAGGAGCUCUACCGGGAUCUGGCGUCGGCCUCGCUGGACGGCCUGAAGGACGCCGGCGUCCGGCUGGAAGCUCGCGUGGACGCGUUGGAGGCGCGAAAGGCGGACGGGGAGCAGGUGGACGAGCUGCGGCGGCUCGUCCGCGACGCGGAUCGGCGGGAAGCGUGCAGACAUCUGGACGAGCGCGUCAGGCGCCACGAGGACGCCAUCGAGCGCCUCAGCCGGGAAUGUCGGCAGCUCGACGAUCUCCGAGAGGCCGCCGACCGCGUGAUGUCGUCACUGACCUCCGACAAACGAGGCCGUGACCCGCACGCCCUCGGCGCGAAGUCGGAUCUUCUCCCGGAGCGCAAAAUGGCCGACGCCGUGCGGCCGCAGCACGAGGCGUCCAUCUCAAAACUUCAGCGCGAGUGCGACAAACUACAAGAGGCCGUCAGGCGUCUCCAUGACGACAACAAACACAAACAGGUCCACAUCCAGCAACUGCUGAGGACCGCAGAGCAUCUGCAGGAGAACAAAGCCGACAAAAGCUCGCUUCACGCCGAAGUCAAGAAGCAUCUGGAAGCUGAGCGCAGGAACCUCCGGAGGAGCGGCGGCGAGAGGCGGCGCAGCCCGGAAGAUUCUCAGCGUGACGCCGAGGCCGCGACCGCCGCCGGCGUCAGGAAACAGCUGCUGGACACGCAUCGUUGCCUGUCAUGUGACCGCCGCGUCCUUCGCCAUCUUGACGCAGCGUACCCGCCGGUGUCCCGCAGCUGCGGCGGGGCGACCUCGGCCCCCCGCCGGCGCCUCGCCGGACGGACGGCGCGCAUCGCAUGAGGGAAAAACGGCCUCUCCAAUUUGCCACCAGUCCGUUGCUGGAAAGCAGUCAUUGGUGCAAAGGAAGUCUUGUUGCAUUUGGGAAUGAGAAGGAGUAGCCUGGGUCGUUAGGGGGCCUUCUUUUUUGAAAAUUCUAUUUGAGAUCAUUCAUUUGCGUGAAUAUACCUACAUAUGAUUGCAUUCACAAAAUAUGCUGAGCAAUUGUAAAACCCCCAAAAUGACGCCAAUAUUUGCCUUCCACGAGAAUGAUGGGAGGGUUCCCCAAGUAAACAUGACAAAAAUGCCGGGGUUCGAUGUAGUCUCCCGUCUUGAUGAAGAAGUACGCCACCUUUGUCCUUGCUUAAUCAUCGUAGUCCACGACACGGAUACGUCCCUGGGGAGGCGGGAAAGGGUCGAGGAUCGGGGGCAGCGUUUGGGCUCCUUCCCUCGGUCCCCGGAAGGACUUUUACUGGCCAUUUUAGGAACUCUCGGGCUCCACCAUAUGUCGUCGCCGCUGACUUCCUGGGUCGCGACCUGGCCACCAAUGACAUCAUGGGAGUAGGCCCCUCCCUCUAGGAGGGGGGGGGGGGGGCUCAUUCAUCUCUUCCCUCGUAUGAAUCUUUCCAAGGUCAAUAAAGUGCUUGAUGG